AUGACGGAUUACGGCAUCGUUUUUCAACGUUUUACAUCGUUAUUACGCCGUUUAAGGCCAUUUACGACGCCAUAUUAUUGGACCUGGGAUCUCGAUUGGACGUAUCGAGAAAUGAAACAUUUACUUUCACUUCAAAAUCUUAUUGUGGAUCAUCCAGUAUUUAAAAACAAAUCAAAUAAUCCAAAACCAGCACAACUUCAAAACAAUAAUAAUAACAAUGAAGAUGAUAAAAAAUCAGAUAAAAAGGAUGAUAACAUUACUGGUAUUGGUAAUACGAUUAUUACUUCACGUGUAUCACCAACAACAACAGUAAAUGAUACAACUGCUGAUGACGAUAAUAAUGACGAAGAUUAA